AAUUGCUGGGUUCUUCAACACACACAACAUCAUUUUUUCCGGCAACCGAUUUUUCCUAAUUAUUUAACUUCAACCAUACAACAACAAUAAAAUUAUUAAAAAAAAGAAAUGCAUAUUAUAACUGAAUAUAAUAACAUAAAAUAAAUAUCUGCAGAAAAAUGGUUAAUACACCAAUGCAACAAUACAACAAUACAAUAAGUAAUACAAAAAAGAAAAGAGAUAAAUAUUACAGCAAUCAACAAUAGUAAAGGCAAACUGAUACUAACCAAAUACCAAAUCUGACAAAUAAUGCAAAUUUUUCCAACAACAAGAAAACCCUUACAACAAUAGAAAACUCCAAGAAAUACAACAGAAAUAUAACGAAACCAAUUCCAGUGGGUACAACAAUGUCAAUAAAACUGUUAUAAUAAAACUGCGUAACAAAAAUAAAGAAAGCGUGUAAUAACAGCAAAAGCCGACGACUAAAUUUAAACAACAUUUCUAAAUAUAAUCAUAAUUUAAACAAAAUGCAAUAGACCACUAAAAGUUUUAACAAAAUUUUGCAUAACCAGGCAAUAGAAUGCUAGUACACUCCAACCACUCUUAAGUUUUAUAACACAAUAGAAUGAACGAACAUUUUUAGUUUGAAACAAAGGAGUAUCGUGAGAAUAUAUAAGAAUUUACGAAAACACAUUUCGAAUGCGGAAGAUGUAAAGCGACGAAACAGCAAAAGUGUGAAAAGUUAAAAGAAACCGUGCAAAAUUUGGCCUUAAAGAAACUAAUUUCAUAUUGAAACUGAAAUAAACAAAUAUUUAAAUUAAAAACACACAAAAAAACGAAAAACUUAGCCUGUAGAAAAAAUUAAAAAAAUUAAUCAAAAUAUCGAAACACAACAUAUUUUAAGAAGACUACGCGCGAAAAGCUCUAAAUUUAAAGACAAAACGACAAAAUCGUGGCAACGUUAGUUCAAAUUAUAAAAUUCGUAAGAACUUAAAAGAAAAAAAACGAACAAAAACAAGCAAUCGAAAUAAACAACUAAAAAACUUUGGUAACGAAAAGUACAAAAAAGAAAUUUUUCGCAAUAAACACACACAAUUGAUGGAAAAAUAUAGAAAACGCAUGCAAUUCUAAGAAAUACAAUUUUGGUAAAUGUGUAUAAGGAAGAGAAAACAAUUAACUGAAAGAAGUGAAACACACUUUUGUAAAAUUUUAAGAAUUUCGACGAUUAACAAAAGCGGCGAACAGUGGCGCCAAAAAAUUUUGCUGAUUAAGCGUAUUGUGGCUGCAAAUAAUGUGACUUCGGUUAUCAAGUUUUUUAAAUUCAUAUUGGGCGACAUUAAUAUAUAUAAAUGAGAAUUAAUUGAAAUUACUAAAUAAUUCCUCUGGACUACAACGCACUAAAAAACAGAAAUAUUUUCACAAAGCCACGGCGCACCUUAUGAAAAGUAGGCAGAGAACAAAAGAGCGCGUACUUUUCAGCAUUCUAUUGACAAAGGAGCAGUCUGUAUAAAUGAACUGAAUGCAUAUAUAUAUUUAAAAACAGCAGUAAAUAUAUUCAAAACCACACUAACAUUGUUUAAAAAAAAUAAUUGCGGAAAUCUUCCGAAACGUUACGUAACAUUAACAAACACUUAUGUGACAAAUUUUAAUGAAAGCAUGAAACCACAACGCUAUUCGAGGGCUACCCUUAACUGCAACAAAUUCCAAUAAAAAACACCAACAUUCAACAUAUUUAAAAUCAACAUUUGUGGUUGAAAAGCGAAAUACAACUUAAACAAUAUAAAAAUUCUCCAAUGAAUUACUAAAUAGAGCGCCCUCUGGGAAUGUAACCUCAACUCUAAAUAUUUAAAUAACGAACAAUGUUAACAUUCCUUGCAUAAUAAACGAAAAACAAUAACAUAAAAACCUACCAAUAAAACAGGAGAAGUAAAAGUAUUUUUACUUUAAAAGAAUUAAACCAACGCAACAUAAUUAUCUUAGUACCAAAAGUACAUAUUUGUUUUUGAAAUAGUGUUUUUUUCGUUUUCCUUCGUACGUCAGUUCUUUAAAGAAUAUUCAGAGAACAUUUUCAUAAAAAAAGCAUAACAUACUGUAAAUAGCUCGUAAAUAAAUACCAUAUUUAUUUUUAUAACAGAUAAAUCUAGUAUAGAGUUAAGCACAGAAUUAAGCUGCGAGUAUACACUAAUUCAACAGAAAACACCAACAUAAUUUCGGUUUGAACUGUAGAAGCUAGGGAGAGAAAAUUUAUAGUAAAGACAGAAAUUCAGCAUAUUACAAAAAAGCGCCGACUUCGGGCGAUUUUCGAACAACAAAAAAUUAGUGCCACAUCCGAAGCCCUUGAAAUUUUCAAAAUACCGCGUAAUAUAAUUGAGGACAAACACACUGACACCGGCACAUACAGUUUUAAAUACCAUUUACCAUACAGCUAGCGUUUGCUAAAAUUUAUAAAAUACAAAAUAAUAAACCACAUAAUGACAACUACCAGAAAGACAUAGUUACAGGAAACAGAAAGCAACACACCAAAUCAACCUAUCAAAUUCGAACGAUUAUUUGUAUUGAUACUGGUUUAGUUAAAGUUUUAAUAUUUUAAAAUAUAAUUAGGCUAAAUCACCAGACAAAGAAAUUAAACUCGCAAAAACAAAAGUAGAAUAACAUAAAUAACUGUAAUUAUAAAUAAAAACCAUAUACAAACUCAAUAUAAUAAAAUAACUCAUAACAUACAUUUUGAUGACUAUAUUCCCGAAAGCGAGGCUGUAAUUAACUUCAAUUUCAAACGAAAAACUUAAGCUGCAAACUUAAUUGGCAUAUCUGAACUUAGCACGAAACAAACACACACACUGAAGCGAUGUAUAAAGACUACACCUAAAAGACAAAAACAAUGUAGUAUAGCAUUAAGGAUAGGCAUACAACGAUUACAUAAGUCACAUAAAUAAUUUAUUAAAUAACAAAAGUAUUAAAAUAAUAAUAUAACAUUAAAUACAAUAUAAGGAUAUUUAUUAACCGGCCACCAAACCUAUCAAUAUAUCAAAUAAUUUGCGUACGAAAAAGCGCCAAAAUCCAAACCACAGCAAUAACAACAAAAUAUGAAAGAAGACUGAGACAUGAAGUAAAUAACUCGUGAAUUAUAACAUAUAAGAAAUAGAAUGUCAUAAAAAAUAAGUAAGCUAGAGAUAAAUAUCAAAAGCCGCCAUAAUUUCGGUAAUCAGAGAUUAUCGUGUAGUGAUACAGGAUGUUUGUAUAGCGACAAAAAGUUUACCACACAUACAUAUAUACCAAUGUAAAUAUAUAAAGCAUAUUCAUCAGGAUGCGUAUGAGUUGUGUAAAAAUGUGUAAAAAGAGAGUACCACGAAGGAAACAGCAAAUAAUAGCAACACACUAACCAAAAAUAUUAAAUAUAAAAAAUCUAACCCACAAAAAUAUGCCACAGAUCCCUAAUUUAAAUUAAAAAGCAAUAAAUUCAUAUUUCAAUUAUUUCGAAAUACCAAAAGUUAGUUCAAUAAACAUAUAAACAAAAGUAACAAACAAAGUGAAAGAAAUAAACAAACAUAAUCAAAGAUACAAAAACUAAACAAAGGGAGUUAAAUUAAAACAAAAAUUGCAAUUUAUUUAUUAUUCCCAAAAUGAAGACGAAGCUUCAACAUUAAACUUGACAUUAUUUUGCGAAUGGGAAACGUGGUGCCUUAGCUUCGCCUUUAUUUAAUGACAAAAUAAACUUACAUAAAAAUACAUGAAGCGUGCAAAAUUAAGAACAAUUAGGAGAAGCAGUAAAUUAUUAAAAGUACGAAUAACUUAAAAAAAAAAAAAAACAAAGAAAUAAAUAACAAAUCUCAGAGCCAAUAUGAACAGAAACUGUGAAAAAAAUUACUUGCUCUAAAAAUCCAAUGUUAAACAAAACAAAAAGUAGCAUGCACAUUUUGCAAACACUAAGCGUACACAUACUAUAUAAUCAAAUAAUAAUUAUACCCAAAAAGCAUAUAAGGAGUGCAUAAAUUCUGUUAAAUUUAAGUACAAACUUAAAGUAACACGGCAUAAAUACAAAGAGAGAUUUAUGCAUCAGCAUCAAAAUCAAAGUCAAAGACGAGACUCAAGAAAAUCAAUUGGAAAUAGUUCGCUAGAUUUAUUAAACAGAUACACGCCGAACGACGAAGAUACAUGAAGAGAAUAUAAGUACUUCAUUAAUUGGAAACAACAGUCAACAAAUACUAAAAUAAAUCAACCAACUAAUAUAGUGAAAUCAAACAAAGCAUAAUCGAAUAAUCUAAAGAUAUUUACUAUCUAAAAAUGUCUUACAAGUAGUAGAUCUCACAGGUGAUCUUAAAAACUAAUACAGCCAAACCAAAGUCUAUUUAUAACGAAAUAUUGUGUACCGAAUAACUAAUAUUGAUAUUUUGGAAAAAUCAAUAUACAAAAAGAUGAACGAAUUACUAUGCCAUAGGUCAAGUAGUUAUAUAAUUGUUUCACUGAAAACAACAUCUGUUACUACAACGCUUGCGACCGUUUAAUUCACGACUCGAGUGUAUUCGCCACAUUGAUAGCCACACUGGGUCAAAUAGCACAACAACAACUACAUGGAACUCACACACAUAAUAUUGAUCAGUGGCUGUUGCAGCAAUUAAAGCUUGCAAUAGAAUCCAAUUUUAAUUUUCGUGCCACUGCAGCCAUCAUAACCGCCGAGGAACAAGUGGCGGUGGUGGCGGCGCAGGUGGCGGUGACGUUAGAAGAGGCACCAGCACUGCCAAUAGAAAAAACAGUAGUAGCAACUGAAUUAGCAGCAACAAAUUUAAGUAUAGACGUUCAACAACGCAUUAAAGUAAAAACGGCGAAGACGACCGAGGACAAGACUAGCGCGUCUACGUUUGGCGUAAGCGCCGACAUAACGUCAACAGCGACGGCCGUGGUAGCAAACACAGUAGAUAAAGCGGAGCCCAACGACGACAGCAACUUUGGUAAGGUAGCAACAGAAAAGUCGAUAAUAGUGGUAGACGAAAGUACCAUAUCCCAGCUGCAGAUACCAACACCGAGAAUUACAUCGCUCGGGGAGGUCUUACUACCCAAUGCACUCAAUAUACCGCCAGUGACAUCCACUUUGGCCGCUGCAUUGCAUGCCCAAAUGACAUCGGUCGUACAACAGCAACAAAACCAGCAUCAACAACAACACGAAAAACAACAACAUCACUUCCAUCAAUUGCAUACCAACCAUCAUCAGAACCAAAGCUAUCACUCGCACCAGCACGAACAUCACGAAGAGGGGCACGUGCAACACAGCCAGCUCCAACACCAACAAAUAGAAAACGAGCAGCAUCAGCAAUUAUUUCACCAGCAUCGCUCCCAACUAUUCAAAAUGGACGCCGAAUUUUGGCAACAAGCCCGCGGUCCUUUCGGUCUCCAUACCGCCGCCGCACUUGCUACCAAUCAACUGCAUCACCAUCACCAACAAAGUCCGCAACAAAAUCAUCCACAACAAUCGCAUUCAGCCCAGCAACAACAUAACCAGCCUUCGGUGCAAACACAACACACUCAGCAGCCUCCUCAUUUAAGCAAUGUGACGACAGCGGCUGUGCCGCAUCAUGAGCAAAAACACCAACAGUCAUCUUCAACGCUACCAGUGUUGCCGUCACACGAACAACAUCAGCAAAAUCAUCAUUUACUGUUCAAUGCAGCAGCCGCUGCGGCCGCGGCCGUUCACCUGAGUGGAGUUGUUAAAUCAAAUGAAUUGCAGAAUGUCACCAACGGCAUAAAUGUCGGCGGUGUUGCCACCAACAGCCCCUCAACACAUGAUGGCUCAGCUGUAUGCAAUGAUAAUGCCAGCGGGAAUCGCAACAGCAGUUACAACGAUACAGCUGGAAGCAGUGAACGACUUAGCAUAAGUGUUAAGCAAGAAAUGAAAGCAGUGGCGGCUUCUGUAGCAGCGAGUAAUCAACACCAACAGCAACAGUCAAAAUACCAACCGAAUAUGCACAAUGCCAUCGACGCGUUGCACCAUCAGCUGCAGCAACAACUACAACAGCAGAACUUUGCAUCUAGUACCAGCGCUGCUGAUGAAACUGAUGCUUUCAAGAAUCAGCUGAAAACACAACCGGUGAGCGGUCUCAGCAGCUCCAGUAGUGUGCAUCAGCAGCACACGCAUGCCCAAAACUCACAAUCACGACCUCAUAAUAGCACACACGAACAUCGACAGCAACAGGAGCAGCAGCACCAACAACUGCCUUCGCAUACGCUAUCGCAGCUGCAGCAAUCGAAUGGACAACAGCGUGAAAUGGGGGUAGGGCGCAGUAGCCCCCCGCGCGGGCACAGCGGUGUCAGUGGCACAGCGCUUGUACCGCUACAUUCGCCACAGCAAUCACUGACACCAUCCGUGGGCAGCUCAACACCCGACAUCAAGUACAACAGCGACAAGUUGGUCAAUGAAAUCCAGCUGCAAUUAUCCCGUUCGAACAGCGCAGCCGCCAUCAGUGAACGUACUUUAGAAGAAUGUUGGUCGACCCUGCAACGUGUGAGUUGGCAUCUCUUCCGUUGUCUUUUCAUGCACAAAAGCGCUAUGCAACAGAUACAGCAGAUACCUCGCGUCGGCCUCGGUACUUCUGGCAGUAUGGCCGCCGAAAGUAAACCACACCAAUGUCAACAAUGCAUGAAGAGUUUCUCCAGCAAUCACCAAUUGGUACAGCACAUCCGCGUCCACACCGGCGAAAAACCGUACAAAUGCUCAUAUUGUGAUCGUAGAUUUAAGCAGCUUUCUCACGUGCAGCAACAUACGCGAUUACACACUGGUGAACGUCCAUACAAAUGUCACUUGCCGGAUUGCGGUCGCGCAUUCAUUCAAUUAUCAAAUUUACAGCAACAUUUACGAAAUCAUGACGCACAAGUGGAACGUGCAAAAAAUCGUCCAUUUCACUGCAAUAUCUGCGGCAAAGGUUUUGCCACUGAGUCUAGUUUACGCACGCACACAUCGAAGGAGCUACAGCUGCAUCUUGGUGUCUUGCAGCAGCAUGCGGCAUUGAUUGGCGGCCCCAACGCUACUUCCUGUCAUGUAUGCCACAAACUAUUUUUGGGAGCCGAUGCUUUAAUGGAGCAUAUGAAGCAUGCGCACAAGGAGAAGCCGGUACCAAGCAUUGGCACUCCCUAUAUUGAUAACUCGGUAUCCGGUUGUAUGCAGUCUUCGUCCAGCGAACCGUAUUUGGCUAAGCGACGGACUGCCAAUCAUCCAUGUCCGGUCUGCGGAAAGCACUAUGUAAAUGAGGGCUCACUGCGUAAGCACUUGGCUUGUCAUCCGGAGACAACGCAGCUAACAAAUAGUUUGCGCAUGUGGCCGUGUUCAGUAUGCCAAGCUGUAUUCACACAUGAAAAUGGUCUUCUCACACACAUGGAACAUAUGCGUAUGGAUCCUAAGCACCAAUUUGCUGCACAGUAUGUUUUAUCACGGGCAGCGGCAGAAAGACGGGAACGUGAUUCAAUACUAGCUGCAACGCUAGCUGCCUCGGCUAGUGGAGGGUGCAGCGGAGGUGGCAAUGGAGGCAACGGCUUACUGCCUUUGAUAGGCGAUGGCGGGGGCUCGAAUUCCCUGUGUCCUUCGCCUUCAGCUAACUCGGAAUGUUCUUCGACAGGGCGCCUUUCUUCCUCUGCAGCUUCUGAGCAGGGGAGUGGUAUUCACUUACUAUCUAACAACAGCAAUAACAACAAUAAUUGCAAUAGCAAUAAAUUAAAUGAGCUAUUGGGUCGUACGAGUAAUAACCCUCACUUAAGCAAUCAGUAUGGGGUCGGUGUGGACACGGAUAUACACGUGGCAAACCGCAUGUCAUUGAUGGCCGCUGCAUCAGCAGCUGCGGUAGCUGUGGCAGCUUCAGCUAGUGGCGCAGGAGUAAGUGGUGGAGGGAAUGUGGCUGGUGUAUCUGGUGUGGGCAUCGCAUCUCCAGUUGGCUGCGUCGAAUCUACCAGAUCAAGUGUGCAAGCAGCUGUUGUAAAUUUGGCGGCUGCGAUGCGCAUUAAUCAAGUCAGCCAACAACAAAGCGGGGGCAAUAUUGCCAUAGGCUGUAGCAAUAACAGUGCAACAACCAACGUUGGUAAUGUAGUCGGCAAUACGUCCAGUCAGCAGCAAAUGCACACACAGCACCACCAACAACAACAUCAGACGCAGCAGCAACAACAACAGCAGCAAGAAACCCCAGGAGACAACAAUCAAACAUCGAUAUCAGGGCCAUUGACCCCUAGUGGCUUGCGUAUGAGCGCUAACUCUCCGAACGCGAUAAUUCCAAAUCUACAAUCAGAUUCAUCUGCAGUUAACGCAGUCGUGACGAUGAACGCUAUGCGUGACUCGAUGAUGCGCAAUACUUUGAGUGUCGUGGAUCCGUUAAGUGGAAUGCAUCAGCAACAUGAUCAACAUAUUCACGGACAUCAUCAACACCAUCCGACGAACAAUUUGCAAACAGGACACACUUCUUAUAGCCAGCACAGCGUUUCUGGUAGCAGCCAUCAAAGCCAACACAAUGUGGCUUCAGCACUACAGAAUGCCACAAUGCAUCAUCACCAUCACCAUCAUUUGAAUCAGAUGCAACAACCGCACUCACCAGAUACUGCAUUACGUAUGCAGCAGCAUGCGGAAGCUAUACUUCGCUCGCACACGGAAGCGGCUUUUCGCUUAGCAGCAACCGUGGCUGCAUCCAACAGCGUCAUAGGAGGCAGUGUAGCUGUAACAAGCACGAAUGACAGUAAUAAUGACAAUAAUGUCGCUUCACAGAACAACAACGCAAUACAGGUUAAAGCCGAAUCCCAUCAAACGCCACAGCAACAACUAAUCGGAGGUGAUGUGGCGUUGCAACAGCAACAGCAGCAUCAUCACCAACAUUUAUUGUCUCAACAACAAACACAAAAGCUGAACACCAGUGGCAGCUUACAACAGCAAUCCACAUCCGUAGUGUCCCAGCAGCAGUCACAGCUAACUUCCGAUCUUAGCGAAGCGAUACGCAUGCAGGAGCACCGGCUGGAGCAAGCCUUGCGGUUGCAUAACGACGCACGAGCGCUAAACUUUCUCACAGCCGCCCAACAGACCACCAAUAAUGCAGUCACAGCAGCUGUUAAUACUGCAAGUAUACAUCACCAGCAACAACAACAACAGCAAACAUCUACAACACAGCAUCACAGCAGUGCGUGAAAACCAAUCAUUUGCGAUAAUUAAAAGGUCGCCUUAGAUGUAAUUGCACGGAGCGAUAUUGAACUAGUUAAUACAAUACAACAACAGCAGCGGUAAACACUCGUUGUCAAAGGAUAAGGGAGCAAAACUAACUGGUUUAAAGGAAAUAUGUAUCAAAGAUAUACAAGUAUAUUAGCGGUCUCAUCGAUACUUUGGAAAUCUAACGUCACUCACUCAUAUAUAUAUAUAUAUAUAUACAUAUAUAUUUAUCACUUAUUGCGAAUUUAUAUAUAUAUAUAUAUAAAUGCCCAGAGCGAUUAUUAUAACCAUAUAAUCAUGUAGAAAAAUUACACAAUUUUAAAGUAGUAUUCCACAUAAGCAAAUCAUGCAGACAUAAAUAUAACUUGGUCAGGUAAAAUUGAAGAACUUAUAAUAAGGAAAGGAUACUUUCUUUGCGAAAUAAAAAUACGAGGGAAACAUAAUGACGUUUUUGUUUUAAUUAUUUUUUCUUUGACUACCGUAUAAAUCCGUUAAGAACAGUUAAAGCAUUAACGUGCGAAAACAUCUCGAUACUCGCAAGGCACUGAUCAAGUCAUUUGUAUAGGUAAAUUCAUAUACAAUAUUAUCCACCUAAAGAUUUGAACGCAAAAGGCUGGUCACGUAUUGCGAUAUUGCAUCAAUUUAUUACUAUCGGUAAAAGAAAAACGUUUAAUACGAGCUACCGGCUAAAAUACCUAGUAUAUUUUUUGUAAGUGAGUGAAGAAUGACUCCCAGCGGAUAAAAUGCCCUAAUAAUCUAAUUUAUACCAUGCAGUACUAAAUUUCAAGUCGUAAAAGUCGUCAGGACGUAGAAAACCAUAGGCGAAACUGUUUAAGAAAUAUAAGAAGAAAAUCCCGCUUGCAACCUGAGAAUGUAGAAGAUAUUGCACGUGAAGACAAUAUUCAGCUUUAUAAAUUAUCAGCUGAACUGAUUCAGUCAUGCCAGUCUGUCCGUCCAUAUAUACGUAAACAAGUCCUUCAAUUCUUGAGGUAUCGAUCUGAAAAUGUGCGCUCAUCCUUUUUCUCAAAGAAGCUGCUCAUUUGUCGGAACCGCUGAUAUCGAAACACUAAAGCAUUUAUGUACAUAGCUGCCACAGAAUGUAAACGAUCAAAAUCAAGUUCUUGUCUGGAAAACUUUUUUUAUUUGACAAGGUAUCUUCACAAAAAAUAUAGUAUUAAUGACUAUCCACGGCAACAAUACAAUCCUUCUAGAAAUCAUUUAGAUCGAACUAUCACCAUCAUAUUUGAUGUCACCAACCCUGAUGAGAGAUACAGGAUUCUUGUUACACAAGAAUCAUAAUCUAAAUUAUUCUGUUAACAAACAUUGCCAAAAUUUUUUGAAAUUUUUCUUUAAGAAGUCUUCUUAUCUCAGAGCGGUGCUUCGUACAAUAAUACGAACUUUCGAAUCCUUUGUAAUUUCAGUUCAAGAAAUAGUCUAAAGGAAUAUUUCGUACAAUGGUGUGAACUUUUUAAUUGCGUUUUUGCCGUUCUUGCAAGAUAUAUGUACAUGUAUGGACGAAUGUAGGUAGGCAUCUCGAAGUGUGACAAUUUAACGUUCUUCGACCUUUGACCACUACUCGAGAUUUUUAUAAUUAUUUAAAAGUUACAAAUAAAAUAUAAUCACGGAGAAAGUAUUGGACGUAUUUUAUUUGACCAUCAUAAGCUAAUGGCUAAAUCGUUGGCAAAUAAAACGCACUUAGCUUUUUUAAUGUUUUGCCUUAAAACGAAGUGUGUUAGUAAUGCGGACAGGAACAGUCAGCUGAUACGAUAUUUAAUUAAUUUCAAAAUUUCUGACUUGUUGAAAAGGUUAGUUUUAGUUGUUAAAUUUGUAAAUGAGAUAUUAAUGUAUUAAUAUACUAUAAAUGUUCACAUUUGUCUUAAUUUAAACUCAAUACCCAUUCAAAAAUAUAUGUAAUUUGGGUAUGUUCACAAUAUCAUCUGUUAAAAUGAACUUUUUCGUUAGUGCCAACUACUUUUUUCUGCAAAACUUUAACUGUUCUGAAUUAAAAAACGAGAAGAACUAGCAAUGCCUCUAGUUGAAUAUAUAAACUAAGAUAGGUUUUGACAAGCCAAUAUAAAUACAUAUUGUAUAUUGGCUAAGUCUUUCACACAAAAUAAGCUAAUAGCUUAACGUGCUGGUGAAAUAAAACACGCCUCUUCUAAGUUGCAUUAGAAAUGAAAUUGAAUGAUAUUGAAAUAAAGUCGUAUCACCCGUAAUUUAUGUAUGUACUCACGUAACGGUUAUAAAUGAAGCAUGUGAAAAAAUCAAAGAAACAUUUCAUAGUAAAUACAACAAAUACGAUGGAUGUAGUUUAUAUAAAUAUAAAAAAGGAGUGAAAGUAAUACCCAGAAGCUACAAGCAAAUACGAUGGAUGUAGUUUAUAUAAAUAUAAAAAAGGAGUUAAAGUAAUACCCAAAGCUACAAACAAAAUAUGUUUCAGUUCAAGCUUAUAAACAAGAGAUUUACUCACAUAACGUUUUUAUAAAAAUCUGUAAAUUACAAUUACAUAUUGGAAAAAACGCGUUCGAAAACGUUUGUCUAAGUGUUUUCAGUUCCUGAUGAAGUUUUCCAAAUUAAAAGUUGAAUUAUUUUAGUGGAACUUAUAGUUAUAUUUGUCUUCUUGUGCCAUUGAAAGAACAUUACUUUAGUGUUAAACUUUUAAAAGUCCAAUAUAAUUUUCUCAAUAAAAUGUAUAUCAAAAUUAAAAAUAAAAUUAACAGGCUAGGUCAAUUUUUGAAACUAGCCGUCGUUUUUCCUGUUUAUUACUAUUUCACAUAAAAUAUCAUAUGAGCAACAACAAAGUUAUUCCGUUGAGAUCAAUAUAUAACAGUUCCAUAACUAUUUUAUUAAACAGAUCUGUUUAAUUUAGUUUUCUGAUCAAUUCACUCCUCACAAAAUGGCACAGCGAAUGGAAAAUAAGUUACACUAUUUGUAAUGAUUUCAAUGAUUUUACGAAUAGAACAAUUCACCACCAGACAUAACUUCGUGAAAUUACAAAUUUUAGAUGUAAUGCUAUUUAAAUAGUUAAUGUUAAUUAACAAAUACUUUAUCAAUUGAUUUCGAUAAUUUUCUUGUUUUUCUUAAUUGUUUUCUUUAUUUUUUGCAUAUAAAUUAUAUGAAAACUUUAGAAAAUAAUAGCUGUACUUCUUCGUUUUUUUGACAUUAAUAUAUUUUUCAUAAAAUAUUCCUACUUCCCUUUUUUUGUCGGAAAUACGGCUGAUUGUAAAAGAAGAUGCUUGAGUUCAUCACCCAUAUUAAUGUAUUUUUUAGAGUACUUCGAGAGACUUCUAGAUUUUAAAGUUAUGAAAAAGUUCAAAGAAACCAAUAGAGCGUGCAUUAAGUUUUCCAUGGUGCACAGUCUCGAGGUCUCUAUUUGAGUAUUUAUUCUUUAAUACUUACUUCAAGCGCCUCUUCUGACAUCAUUUCUAUAGGUAACGAAACAAUCCAUUGUGCGCAAAAUUCCUUAGAUUAAUUCCACUUGUACGUCACCACCAAAAAAACAUUUUGGCAGUAUUCACAAAAAAUAAGUAUAAUUCGUUUCGGCAGUAUUACCACAGUUGUAAUCCCUCCACAAAGAUACCCAUUUGUUUUCUCAGUUUAAGUUGAAUUUUUUCUUUGUUGCUUCGACAAUUUCUUUAAUUUUUCCAGGAAUUUUUAUUGGUAGUUUGUAGGCGAUAUGAACUAUACUCUCGAAACCCCAUAUUCAAGCAUGUAAUGUUGAUAAUCCACAUACAUAUGUAUAUGCAAAUGUUUCUUUCGUUGCUGCAGAGGAACCAAUUGGGAUCACCUCAUAAAUGAUAAUGACUCCGCUAAAGCAUUGAAUACUUUUCUGUCGAUCAUUGUCAAAUGAAAUUCAUGUUCUACUUCAAUAUUCAAUAUUUUUGGCAGAAUUUUGUGCAAUAUGCCACCUAACAUUUUUAAACCCCUACCUGAACUAAGUUCGCUGACAUUCUCGAAAAUUAUUUUUAUUGAAAACCUGAAUUGAAGAAAACCGAUAAUUUUGCUUUAUUAAUGAAGAUAAAUUUUUUAUUCCCAAAGGAACAAUACAUAUCGCAAAUAAAUGUUCAUCAAUUGUUCCAGUUUCAGGAACACUAAAGAAUAGCCGGUUAGUACAUUGGUCGCUGGUGAAAAGCCCUUUAUUUCAUAUACUCGUACAAGAAUUUAGUCAAGAAUACAUGUCAAAUUCAGUUAAGCCGACGUGUAUGCCAUUGGGGUAACAUUGCCCUUUACCUUUAGCUAAAACAUCGUAGCUCGGAUGAAUAUUACAGCUUCGUUUUUUAGCAACGCAUAGAAUCAAUUUGUAAGAGCUUUUUGCAUAGCCUCCAUACAAACACAAAGCCAAAUAAUGGAUAUACCGAAUAGGAGCUUUUGUUUGAUCAUCUAAACGUUUAACGCUAUUGCAGAUUCUGAGCCCAACAUUGAAACAACUUGCGAAGCAUUCCUUUUUUCAGAUAACAUACGAAUUUUUUUUUUUUGUGGCUUAGUGGUGCUUAGUGGUGAAAAAGGUUUGUGUUUAUGUUGAUCAAUGACUGCUUCAGGAAAAAAAUAGAUCACCAUCUAGCCAUUCCUUAAUUAGCAAAAAAUCAAAAAGUUGCAGAAAUCCGCAGCUAAUUUUUCAACUUGACAUACACAAUAGAACAUAUUAACAAACAGGCUAAACAGAAUAGAAAAUUUGGGUGGAGUCGACCCAACUUUUAUUUCACAUUGGGCUCAGAAUUUCACACAAAAUGCUAAAAAAAUUUAUUAAAAAGGGCGGUAAAAACCCUCGAUUAAACACUAAAACAUAUAAUCUGCAAGCAAACUGUCCAGAUCCAACAUAUUAAGUAACCUUAACACGUUUGUCUAGAAAAAAUUAGCAAAACGCUUUCCUUUGGCUCGUAUAAUAGCUUAAUGGUUUUUCUUGUUUUAAUAAAUAAUUUUCUAAAAACAUAUGUAAGUACCCCAAAUUAUUCCCUUUCAUUCCAUUCUCUUCAAUGAUACAUUAGUAUAUUUUUUUCAUUUGAAAAUUCGUUAACAGUACUGCUUGUAUUCCAACGCAAAUAAGCGUAUGUAAUUUUUAAACGGUAUCAAAAUUAAAUGUUCCGCCGGUUUGGCAUAUUUUCAUAUACCAUAUACUCAGGUACUUACGUACUUCAUAUAUUUCUUCUGACUAUAUUCUGUAAGUACAAAGGUGGGCAUAUUAGCCCUCAGUGACAUUUUGCACCGUUCGGGCCCGAGUUAAUUUUUACAUUGAGUAAAAAUGAGUCAAAAGAAUAUAUUUUGAGCUGCACCGAAAUGUGUAUUCUUUAUUUAUAUUCUUAAGUCUAAUUUAUUACAUGGUUUUAACUUCUAUUUAUACUAACUAGUAUGUUUACUUAUUACUAGUUAAUAGUUUGUUUACAGAUUAUAUUAUUUGUUUUGGUUUGUUUACAUGCAUAUAUGUGACCUGGUCUACGAAAAGGGAGCUAACGUGCGAAAACUAGUUUUCUGGGAAACAGCUGUUAAAAAUAAACAACUCGUUUCGUGUUUCUCGUUAUCUCAUUAAUUGUUUUUGACACCUAAGCCCCCUUUCCGUAGACCAGGUCACAUAUUGCUCAUUUGCUUCAAGACCGGCAUAAGUCAAAAAAAUCGAUUUUCCAGAACACGCGUUAAAAGUUUUCAACUGACUACAACCUUACACGGUGACUCAAGCGGAGCAUAUAAGAGGUAUUCAUAUGAAUUCACUCAACAUGAAGUAUGAUAUAACGAACAAUUCUGCAGCAUUAACUCAAAAAUCACGUUUUUUGAUUUAUGCCGGUCUUGCAGCAAAUGAGCGAUAUAUUGUUUGCUUAGAUACAUUUUCUUUGUUUAAGAUAAGGUUGUUGUGGUAUUCAAACUCAAUGUUGUUUUGAUACUUCUUUGUUUAGGAUUGUUUGUUGUAGUGAUAGUGCAUUUCAAUUGCUUCAACUCAAGGUUGUUUGGAUACAUUCUAUUCACUGAAACUAAAGGUUGUUUUGUUCUUUGUUACUAUUAUAAGGAAUACGUUCCUUAACUCUCCCCUCUGUUAAAAUGAAAUGUUUUCAUUUCAAAACAUUUAGGCUUGAAGUCGGCUUAUAAUAAUUAAUUAUUGUAUUAUUGUAUUUUAUAUUAUAUAGUAAGUUAUAAUUUUUGCAUGUUUCUUAUUAUGCUUUCUUUUCUCUUAUAAUUUAAUUUUUAAUUAGCUUCAAUUUUCUACAAUUCAACAACCACUUUCCUUUUUGGCUUGCCUUGUUUUCGGUGCCUUUUUUGGAAUUAUUGGCUGUGUUUGUGGACAUUUUCACUUUUCGUAUAUGUUUGAUUAAUUUUUUUGUGCUUAUAAUUACUACAUUUCUAUAUUAUAUACUUAAUUAUUUUUUCGUGUUUUAUAUGAUGUUUUCUUUCAAUUAGUUUUGAAUUAGCGUUAAUUUUCUAGAAUUCAACAACCAUUUUCCUUUUUGACUUCCUUGUUUUCGGUGCCUUUUUUUUUUGGAUAAUUGGUGUGGCGUGUGGAAAUUUUCACUUUUCGAUUGAGGAUAAUCUUUGUAUAAAUUCCUCUUGUUGCUUGUUUAUAAUUACCAUCAAUGCAGUUAUUUGUGCUUGGAGUUGGGCCAUCUUUGCUUCUUCCUAACUGAUAAUCAACUGUCCAAUGUUUCAGGAUUCAACGUUGUCCGCUCAGGGUCUAUUGUGAAUCAUGGUGAAAGUAUUAUCCAUUAUUUCAGGACCUAUACUUUUUUACCUUGUUUCACUUUUUCAGGAAUUGUCGCUGUCCGCUGCUCCAGGGUCUGUUGUGAACCUUGCUGAAUUCGCUGUCCGUUUCUUCGGGAUCUGCUUAUGAUUCAUUGUGGAAGUAUUGUCCGCUGUUACAGGACUUUUACUUAUAUUCAUUGCCAAUUUCUUCUGCACUUUUUUCAAGCAUUUAGUGCUGGAAGUCCUACUUCCUGUGGAAUUUUUCUGAUUUAUUCCUUUCGGGAAAAUCUGGCUUUUUGGAUAGCAAAUAAAUUUGCCAUCCCGGUUGAGCCCCCAGUUAAUUUUUACAUUGAGUAAAAAUGAGUCAAAAGCGUGCACAUUUUGAGGGCUAGAUGAGGGGAUCGUCACGGGCAAACAUAAAAAGGGAAUUGAGAGCAACGUAUUUUACCACUCCUUGUUUACGAAAGAGAGCGCGCGUAUAUAAGGGUAGUUGCACUGUGGGUAACAAUUGUAAAAUUGACUAACAGUUUUAAGUUUCUUUAUAACUACCAUAAGUUUAUAAAAUGUAAAACAAAUAAUAAAAAGUAUAAUAAAUAUUUCGGAAGAUGUUCUUUGGUUAAAGUUCGAGCUGAUUCCAAAAUGCAUUCUUUAAUGAAAUCUCCAUCGAAAAAUGAGUGGUUACCUAAAACCAUUUUAAGUGCCGUCGCAUAGCUAACAUAGAUUGCACCGUUACUAUCAACAGAACAUUCCUAAAAGUACAAUAUUCCAGAUAUUAUCACAUUUGAAACCACUUAUUCACUUACAAACCUCUGCUUUAAUGUUGUCAUAAGUUCAUAAAAAUCGGUACGAGAUUCACCUGUAUACCGGUCAUAUUCUUCGUGUUGCGCUUCAUAAUGCCUUUGAAUAUUGUAUUUCUUUAUCGGAAUAUGCUUUUACAUAGUAGAUAUUGUAUGCCGCCAGAGCUUUCCUGACAUAAAUACUUUUCUUCCCAUUCCACAUAAAAUUACUUAUUUUUUCUUUUUAUAUUUUGGACACUGUUUUCAAGCGCUGAUAACAUUUCUGCACAUUUAAAUUAUAAUAACUUCAGUCCCCUCCGCAGGGUUGUACGCGGGGUUUGGGACCCGCCACGAAAAAAAUCAUACCAAUGAAAAGGAACAACAACCUUCGGAUGAGUGACCCCCCUUUUGAUGACGACCAUAGCAAACGAAAUAAGGACUACGAAUUGAGGGCAUGCACUUAGAAUGUCCGGUCCCUUAAUUGGGAAGGCGCCGCUGCCCAGCUGGUUGAUGUCCUCGUGAAAAUAAAGGCUGACAUCAUCGCCGUCCAAGAAAUUCGAUGGACGGGACAAGAACAGAGACGAGUAGGUCCUGGUGGCAUUUACUACAGUGACAAUAUAAAGCAGCGCAAGUUUGGUGUGGGAUUCGUGGUGGCAGAGAGACUCCGUCGCCGAGUACUAUCAUUCACUCUCCGGUGAAUGAACGUCUAGCCACAAUCCGCAUCAAAGCGAGGUUCUUUAACAUAUCGCUGAUUUGCGCCUGCGUUCCGACGGAUGAGAAGAACGAUGUGACCAAAGAUACUUUCUAUGAGCGCUUGGAGCGCAUUUAUGAGAGCUGCCCCCGCCACGAUGUCAAAAUCCUGCUUGAGGACUUUGAUGCCAGGAUGGGUAAAGAAGGUAUCUUUGGCACUACGGUCGGUAAUUUCAGCCUCCACGUCGAAACUUCCCCAAAUGGGUUGAGGCUCAUCGACUUCGCCGGGGCCCGAAAUGUGGUUAUCUGCGGUACAAGAUUCCAGUACAAGAAAAUACAUCAAGCUACCUGGCUGUCUCUGGAUCGAAAAACCACCAACCAGAUCGAUCAUGUUGUGAUAGAUGAAAGACACGUAUCGAGUGUUCUAGACGAGCGAACGCUCCGAGGUCCUAACAUCGACUCGUACCACUGUUCUGUUGCAGCUAAGAUUCGCAAGAUUCGCACGUGCCUCUGUGCGGCAAAAAACGCACGUCAACAAACAUAAGGAAGGUUCGACGUCGAGAAUCUGCAAUCACAACAGACAGCCGAACGAUUUUCUACUCGGCUUGCACUCCUGCUUUCUGAGAGCACUCGUCAACAACUCGGUAUAAGGGAACUGUGGGACGGCACUUAAAACUCCUGCUGCAACCGAAACCAUUGGUUUCCGGAAAAUGCAAAAGAACAGCUGGUACGACGAGGAAUGCCGUGUCGCAGCGGAGAGAAAACAGACUGCCUACCUCGCAACAUUACGAUCGACCAUAACACGUGCGGGUUAGGGUAGAUACCGAGAGUUCAAGAGGGAAGCGAGACACAUAUGCAGAAAGAAAAAAAAAGAGGCCGAAAUGCGUGAGUAUGAAGAGCUUGAUAAGCUGGCCGACAGGGGUAACGCUAGAAAAUUCUACGAAAAAAUGCGGCGGCUUACAGAAGGUUUCAAGACCGGAGCAUUAUCUUGUAGAACCCCCCAAGGUGAUCUAGCCACCGAUGCCCAGAGCAUACUUAAAUUAUGGAGGGAACACUUCUCCAGCCUGCUGAACGGCAGUGAUCGUACAACGCCAGGAGAAAGCAAACCCGAUUCCCCAAUCGAAGACGAUGGAGCGAACGUUCCAUUGCCCGACCAUGAAGAAGUGCGAAUAGCAAUUAUCGGCUUGAAGAACAACAAAGCGGGGCCGAUAGAUUGCCGGCCGAGCUAUUCAAACACGGCGGCGAAGAGCUGAUAAGGGGCAUGCAUCAGAUUCUUUGUAAAGUAUGGCCGGACGAAAGCAUGCCCAACGAUUGGAAUUUAAGUGUGCUAUGUUUAAUCCAUAACAAGGGAGACCCCACAAUCUGCGCCAACUAUCGUGGGAUAAACCUCCUCAACAUCACGUAUAAGGUCUCAUCGACCGUAUUGUGUGAAAGAUUAAAGCCCACCGUCAACAAACUGAUUGGACCUUAUCAGUGCGGCCUAGACCUGGCAAAUCAACAAUCGACCAGAUAUUCACCAUGCACCAAAUCUUGGAAAAGACCCGUGAAAGGAGAAUCGACACACACCACCUCUUCGUCGAUUUCAAAGCUGCUUUCGACGACACCAAAUGGAGCUGCCCUUAUGCCGCGAUGUCUGAAUUUGGUAUCCCCGCAAAACUGAUACGGCUGUGUAAACUGACGUUGAGCAAUAGCAAAAGCUCCGUCAGGAUCGGGAAGGACUUCUCCGAGUCGUUCGAUACGAAACGAGGUUUCAGACAAGGCGACUCCCUAUCGUGCGACUUCUGCAAUCUGCUGCUGGAGAAAAAAGUUCGAGCUGCAGAACUUAAUCGAGCAGGCACAAUCUUUUAUAAGAGUGUACAGCUGCUGGCGUAUGCUGAUGAUAUUGAUAUCAUCGGCCUCAGCACCCGCGCCGUUAGUUCUGCUUUCUCCAGACUGAACAAGGAAGCAAAGCAAAUGGACCUGGCAUUGAACGAGGGCAAGAUGAAAUAUCUCCUGUCAUCAAACAAACAAUCGUCGCAGUCGCAACUUGGCUCUCACUUCACUGUUGACAGUCAUAACUUUGAAGUUGUACAUAAUUUCGUCUAUUUAGGAACCAGUAGUAACAACACCAACAAUGUCAGCCUGGAAAUCCAACGCAGGAUUAUUCUUGCCCACAGGUGCUACUUCGGACUGAGUAGGCAAUUGAAAAGUAAAGUCCUCGACGAACAAAAGCCAAACUCUAUAAGUCCAUGAAACGAUCAGCUGUACGAAAUAUACGACGGCAUUGACAUAGUUCAGCGAAUUAAAAGACAGCGGCUACGCUGCUAGGUCAUGUUGUUCGAAUGGACGCAAACACUCCCGCUGUGAAAGUAUUCGACGCUGUACACGCCGGAGGAAGCAGAGGAAGAGGAAGACCUCCAUUCCGUUGGAAGGACCAAGUGGAGAAGGACCUGGCUUCACUUGGAAUAUCCAAUUGGCGCCACGUAGCGAAUAGAAGAAACGACUGGCGCGCUGUUGUUAACUCGGCUAUAAUCACGUAAGCGGUGUCUCCGCCAUUAAAGAAGAAGAAGAACUUCAGUUUAUGGACCACUGUGUCUUCAAAUACAUACGUAUGUACAAAUGAGCGCUCAGCACACACCUAUCGGCGUAUGUAUUCUGUUUGUGUGCUUUGCCACUCUCAAUUAAUAAUGCCAUACCGAGCAAUUAUAUUUUUACUUUAUGAUUUUUUAUUUUUUAAAAAAUAUGUGUUCCCUUUCUAAAGAGCGUAUUAUUAUUUUAAUACAUUGCCAGGGGCAACUUAGAUCUUUAACAUUUAAUGAAACAAUUAUA